AUGGUGGACGCACACGAACCCGCCAGUAAGCUCUUCUCCAAGAGCCGCUGGAAGACCAAGAUCCUCGACAAGACCAGCGAGCUCGCCGCCGCCAACGCGAAGAACAAGCCCGUUGACAACAAGGUUGACAAUGACGACCUUAGCGCCUUCCUCAAGCCCUCAACAGACCGUGCCGCCCAGCAGCUACAACAACAAGAGGCUGCCGCUGCUGCAGCUGCCGCCUUCCUCAACCGCCCCCGCAUAGAUGUUGCCAGUGCCCAGCGGUGGCCUGGUGCCCAAACCAUUCUCAACAGUGCAGCAGCAAAGAGCCCAGGUCCGGGAGGCUUGAAGUCGGGCACGCGCAAGAAGGGCCUCACCGUAGCUUUUGUGCGCACUGUCCCGGACGUCAUAGGCCACGGCGGCGACGAGUGUGAGGACCCCGCCAUCGAAGUGGCUAAGAACAAGAAGCCCGUGAAUGUGCCCGCAGUGGAGCAAUUGCCCCCCGAGGUGCCGCAGGACGACACCAUCCCCAGCCCCCGCCUCAAUGGCAUUGGCCGCGCCCCUUCACAGACUGAGUACAGGUCACAUGCCCAGACAGAGUACAAGACAAACCUCACCAGGACACGCACAAACCCCGGCGAGCUGUCCCCUCCUCUGAACCAGAAGAUGCAGCUCGGCCAAAUCACCACCACCGCACAGCUCCCCCCCACCCCGCCGCGCCACUUGGGCCCCAUGGGUCUCGGCGAACGUCCCAAGGGCCUCUCUCGUGCGCCAACGGGCUUCGACUCCAUGAUAGAACCUGGAAUGCACCAACCCAUGAGGCGGUUGAGCGAAGACUCGGUCUACUCGCAAGAUUCAGACAACCUCUCGCCUGUCGUAUCCAAAACAAUGUCUGCACGCGAACCCACAAUUCAAGAGGAGGAGGAUGAUUUCCGACCAAAAUCGCUCAAACGCAGCCAGACUGGCUUCAGCACCGUGGGUGAGCAACUCAAUGACGAGCCCGCACAUCCUGUACCCACAGUUCCGCAAAUGCCCGACAUUCAUGGAACCGGACAUGAAGAUGACGCGCAUGCUUCUUUUGCAGCAAGAGUCAAGCAAAAAAUGCGUUCAGAGGAGGGUAGGACCUUACACGAGGCCGCGCAGCGUGCAGCAUCAGGCGAACGGCGGGAUUCAGAAGAGAGCUCACAGCGCUCGGUUCCAGGGACGCCCCUCAGCAACUCACAGAUGGACUCGAGGACAUCACCACGCAGAGGGCUUGAUACUGACGACCCUCAACGAUCAAGAGCCCGUGGACCAUCUCCCGGACAGAGGCCAAUGGCAUACCCACGCGAUAUGGACACGCGCGUACCAUCAUCAGGUUCACCGCAGUAUACACCUUCUGUCGCUUCACAAACCCCCGCCUCACCCCUUUCUCGAUCCGAUCCUUUCUCCAACCCAUCUAUGCAACGAGCAGCCUCGACCGCCGACAAGCCCCAUCCCCAAGCGUUUGAUGAAAUGCCUCGUGUCUCCAGCCCGCCUCAACCUUUGGCAGGAACAUCAACUUUUCAACAACAGUCCUCGCCACCGUCCUCGAUACCUACAGCGCUUGCAAUGCCGUCAGGGCCACCAGGUGCUCAAAUGGCAUCACGCAGUGCUUCUGGAGCCACAAAGCCUGCUACCUCACUCGGUCGCUCUGACACACAAUCUGCGAACGAGCUGGCAUAUCGCGACUUUGCUGAGCGCAUAACCCACAUGAGAGGCAUCUUUGAACUAACAGCCCAGCUUGGCGGCAACAUCUACAAUCAUACUCCUAUGCAAUGGCUCCGGGUCGCCACUUGGUGGUUUUUGAAAGGACGUACUGGAAUGGAAAAUCUUAUUAGGAGCCAACACAAGUCCGCCGACCCACCACAGGAGCGGCUCGCCCAGCCUCACGUCGAUUUGGCCAAGGUGUGGUGGAUCAUAACUAAAGUCCUGCCAAACCACCCUGGCCUGCAAAAGUACGGCGAUGGAUCUCCCGACGCUCAAGUCGAACUCGCUCGACAGGCAGGUGAUGCUGCGGGCGCAGAGGUUUAUGACAUCCAGAAUGCCAUUGGCCAUUACAUGAAGUUGCUGGUCGGAUCGAUGAAGAAGCACCAUAGCAUGCCUCCUACGCAGGCCCUCAUCCAGGGCCAGGACCAGGCGAUAUGGGAAGAAUACCCAUCAUUUGCUCCCGAUGCCGCCACUGUACUCAGCUCGGGGCUCGCCGGCCAGCCGGGCGGUCAGCAACAGGUCAGCCUUUCGCAGUACAUUCCUCUUUCCGACACCAAGACCGAAUUUUGCUACUUCCGCAUGUUUGUCAAAGCUUCGUUAUCGACCGAUGACCCCGCCACUGAUCGCGUGCCAAUGAAUGUCGUCUUGUCCGUUUUGCGACCCAAGGAGGAAUACUCGGCCAAGCUCGCCAUUUGUAGUCAAAACAGUCUAAUCAAUAUCCUGGUUGGUCCGGGCUCAGCCAUCACAUGGAGAGACGUCAACUGGAAACAACAAAUGAACCAGAUUACUGUACAGCUACGGCACGGAUUUCUUCUUACGCUUGCCCUGCAUGAAGCGGAUUUCCGUAGUCUAUGGUCGAUUGUCAGUCACACGAGCCGGGUAGAGUCGGAUCUGCGAGAGCGAAGAGACGAACGAUUUGCCUGCAAAAUGUACCUCCGCGAAGCCACAUACAAGGACCCAGCGAACCCAUCCAUGUUCUCCCAAGAACGAAUACCAGGCUGUAGGCUACUAGUGUUCCAGAGGAUUGAACUUAGCAGUGAAGGUACUGGAAAGCGGAAACUGCAUCGAGGUUACCGAAUGGUACUGGUCACGCCGCAGCAGCACAAACAAGUCAGCUUGGUCAAUCAUGAGCUUGGAACCAAACAGGAGCCCAUGAACUUUGAAUACGUCACCGAACCUGAUCAAGCUCCAGCCCUGAGAUUACGUUUCCGCGAAGAGGGGCCGAACAAGCAGUUCAGGAUCUGCAUGGCGCACCUAGUCUUCCAAGAAGGCAAGGAUCGCAAUAACCUCUUUGGUACAUUCACUUCGAUGAACGUUGCGCCUGGCGAAACCACAUUUGCUCAGGUCGCGCUCAAAGGAUUUCACAUUGAGAGUGCCGAUGAGACCGAGGGCUUCAGCCAAAACGGGAGUCGCGUACUCGAAAAGUUGCAGUGGGUCGAGGCCAAGGUGAUGAAUCAAGAUCCUGAAGCUUCAGGAUUGGAGUCGGCGCCUACCGUCAUGAGUGAGAGCUUGAGGAUUAUGUGCAGACAUACUGCAGGUAUUGUCUCUGACCGUAUGAACUUGGGUCCAGGUGAACUUUUGGUUCGCCUUCCAGUCGAUGGUUCUCCCGAACUUACGUUGCUCCGCGAACCUCAACAAGACAUGGCUGUUGCCAUUGAUGGCAGUCGAACCGAUCCCGCUGUUCCUGAAGAUCUCGCAAAGUUGCUCCAGACGCUCACGAGCGCGUCAACGAUUCGACGCCUGACAUUUAACUCGUUUAAUGAUUUGCAUACAUUCCAGCUUGCUGUUACUGGGUUCCAGGUCAAGUUUGACGGACUAGCAGCUUCAUUCUCUAUUUCGCGUCGACGCAUGGUUGUUCCCAUUUACAAGCAGUGGACCGCCAACCGACUCCGUCUCCAGAUUGUCGAACAAGACAACAUUGUCCAGCUCCUCGCCUUCUUCGAGGACUUUUCGCAUGCCGACGCCAUGAACUUCCAACUCCGUCUGACUGACACAUUUGAAAAGUCUGACAAGGGAGGCAAGUUUGGCUUGAAGCUCGUCGAUGCCAAGUUUGCGCUGCCCGUGGAUGAACGACGAGGCGAGGGCAAGAUACAAAAGGCCGAAGGCAGACUGACGGGAUGGUCUGGUGUCAAGAGGCGCUUUGUGUGCUUGGAUGAGAUUGAAUAUCCCGGCGAACAUGACGAUAUUCUCAUCAUGUUUGACUCUGCAGAGACGCGUGAUUGUUUCGCCGAAGCUCUCCCCGCUGCAACCAUGGAGCGCAAAUUCACUGUGCGUAGGAAGAUUUAA